ACUCCAUCAUCCGUCAUGUUCCGAUGUGUUCUUAGAGGAAUGUGUUUUCAUGAUGUGACGGCAAACCCUGAAAAUACCGCAAAUAUAAAUCCUAUAAUUCGGCCUGAAUAUCCAGUCCAGCCUGUAGAUGUCCUCGCAACCCAUGAACACACCUACUCCAUGGAUAAACCACAGAAGAAAUAACAAGGAAGUAUCCCACUAACAUGAGGACUUACACCUAAAGCAACAACCAGGUUUGGCUCAAGAUGUUUGGAAACCCUUCUAAAUAUUUGAAGUUGUAAAAUCUUCAUCAGUUAGUGAUGAAUGAGUCCCAGCAGGUGUGUAAACUGUUGUGUUUCUACAGGAUGGAUAAAGUGAUCACCUGCUUCAAGAGGAGACCAGGUGCUGUGAGCAGGCUGGUGUGUUUCCCCUGGGCAGGCGGAGGGUCCAUCCACUAUGCAAGAUGGGGAAACAUCCUCAACAGCUCAAUAGAGGGUAAAAAAACACAGAAGAUACUGCAAAAAUACUGCAAAUGCAACUGCUUAUUUGUGCUUUCAUAUGUUAGAUACUGGGAUCCAAAUAUUUACUGCAAAACAGGGAAGAAAGUCUGCACAAGGGGUGUAAAGAGAAAUGUUUUCUGUCUCUUCAGUGUUUGCUGUCAGACUCCCGGGCAGAGAGAGUCGAGCCAAAGAGGCAUUUUCCCAGAAUAUGCAGCAGAUUGUGGACGAGGUCAUUGGCGUGUUGUUACCUGUGCUAAAAGAGAAGCCGUUUGCUCUGUUUGGUCACAGGUAUGAAAACUACAAAUGUGUUAAAAUAACAACACACUGAAACACUUUUAACCCUUCUCAUCUCUUUCAGUUUUGGUGCCUUCACAAGUUUUGCUGUCGCAGACGCUCUGAAGAGACUGCAUAACAUGGAGCCAGUUCACAUCUUCUUGUCUGGGGCCUCUGCACCUUAUGUGAGUUGAUUUAUUUCACGUUUUUUAUUUUAACCAAACUUGAGGGACAUCUCCUAACUAAUGAGAUUCAUUUGCAACAGGUUGGUAACAUGUGUGGGUAUAAAAAAGCUACUCCAGAGAGACCCAGUCACUUACAGUGAAGGUAAAGAUGGGAAGAAUUCACCAGCCUAUGAGAGACUGUGUGGGCGAGUAGCUCAACAUUCAAAGAAUUAGAAGACUUUAUUAACCGGAGAACAUCAGACUGUGAAGAGAUUCAGGAAAUCUUCGUUUUAAAGGGACAAGGCUGAUCUCUGAUCCCGCGGGACUGUCAUAAUCUUCAGCCUUCAAUCCACUGCAUUAAAAAAAAUGACUCUGCAGUGGAAAUCAAUACGUUGGUUCAAUAUCACAUGUACAACGCAGAGAGAAAAACAUGACCCAGAAAUGCUGGUGGCUUCCCUGAGCCAACACCGAUCGAAAUCAAACUGAAGCACCAAGAAAUCAUCUAAAGAGGAGAGGACCACAAAAGCCAGCAGCUGGGACAGUACAGCGAUACACGAGUGACCAGUUUACACAUCUUUGAAGACACGGCUAAUGCUCAGAGAUUUAAGUCUUGGAGGUUUUAUACUGCCAUCUAGUGGACGCUUUUUUCAGGGAGACUGCAAACCACCAGACAACAUUUUGACAGACAUAACAUUUAAAGUUGUGCAUUAAUUUGUCUGAUGGUGGGAAAACUCAUCAUAUUAAAUACACUCAAUUUAAUGAUUUUAGAUUUCCUGCAUUGUCAGCAGUAUCGACAUCUGCAGAUACUCCAAAACCCCAACUCCUUUAAUCAUUGGUAUGUUUUUCCCCCCAGUCAGAGAUCCGUAUCAAAGCCCCAAAGAGAAGUGAGUUAUCGGAUGAGGAUUUCCUCAAGUGGAUGACUUCGAUCGGAGGAACUCCCCCUGAGCUGCUCUCGAACCCUGAAGUCCUGAAACUUUUCCUUCCGGCCCUGAAAGCCGACCUGCACGUCGUGGAGAACUACAGGUGGACUCGCAGCUCCAGUUCUUCAUUAAAUCUGAUUUUAACAAACUAACAUUGAUUAACUUUGAAGUGCAUGAGGAAGUUUGAUCGAGGUUGCUCACUUUCCUGCAGGUGCAACAAGCCGGAUGAUCCGUUCCUCUCAUGUCCGGUCACGUGUUUUGACGGGAAAGAUGACAUUCCUCAUGACUUACAAGGUCAAUUUUCUAAAAAUUAAACACUCACUGUUUUCAACAACAAUGUCUCGAUGUUUUAUGAUUUAUUUUUAAUUUUUUUUUACAGCUUGGAAAGAAAUCACAUCUGGAGAUUUCACCAUCAGGAUGUUUGAUGGAUCCCAUUUUUACCUGAAGGAUCCUGGGAAUGAAAAACUUUUAUUAGAUUAUGUCACAAAGCAGCUGGAAACAUCGGAAAUGGACUACAUGUGACGACAGAUGGAGCUUCUUUACCGUUUAAUAUGUCUGAAAAUUUUAAUGUGUGUUUUUACCAGUUAAGUUAAUCAUCUUUACAUUUCAAAAGUGUCAAAAACGUGUUCAGAUGAGCAGAAUAAUGAAAGGACUUCUCUGUUUCUGGUCUCCAGUCCUCAAUACUGUAACUUUUUCAGGUCAUGAGCUGAAAAGUUUGGGAAACACAGUCAGUCGAAGUUCGAGUGGAAUAAAUAAAUGUAACAGUAAAAUCAGAUUUCAUUUUGGAAUAAAUAUUAUAGAACUUUUUCAUACAGUACAUGUCAUAUUUUUACAUUGUUCUUCUUCUGAGACAAAUAAGAAAACAUAAAAUGACAAUAUUUGGAUUA